CGCGGGUUCUAACUUUGACCCAGGACUCCGCCCUUCGAUCCCAGCACAGAAUCGCUCCGGGUCCUACUGUAGAAUCAGUCCUUGAACACUGCCUCCACGUCACCAGCUCAAUCUGGGCCAGAACCCAGACUUCCACCGCAGCCCCGCAAUUUGCCCCAGUCGUAGUCACUUCGUUGCGCCCCUACGGCCGGAAUUAAAGUUCUCGAACUAUACGUGUAUGGCGAGCUAGUCAGCGCGAGGACCUCAGCGGCAGCGCAGGUGGCAGACCUUCCUCCUUUGCCUGUGAGUCAUGGCAGCUCCCAUGAAGGGCAAAGUGUGUGUGGUGACUGGUGCCUCCAGAGGUAUUGGCCGUGGCAUUGCCUUGCAGCUCUGCAAAGCAGGUGCCACAGUUUACAUCACUGGCCGCCAUCCAGACACCCUUCGUGUUGCUGCUCAGGAGGCACAAUCCCUCGGCGGCCGAUGUGUGCCUGUGGUGUGCGAUUCAAGCCAGGAGAGUGAAGUGCGAAGCCUGUUUGAGCAAGUGGCUCGGGAACAGCAAGGGCGUCUGGAUGUGCUGGUCAACAACGCUUAUGCAGGAGUCCAGACGAUCCUGAACACCAGGAAUAAGGCAUUCUGGGAAACCCCUGCCUCCAUGUGGGAUGAUAUCAACAACGUUGGACUCAGAGGCCACUACUUUUGCUCUGUGUAUGGGGCACGGCUGAUGGUACCAGCUGGCCGGGGGCUCAUCGUGGUCAUCUCCUCCCCUGGAAGCCUGCAGUAUAUGUUCAACGUCCCCUAUGGUGUGGGCAAAGCUGCGUGUGACAAGCUGGCUGCUGACUGUGCCCACGAGCUGCGGCGCCAUGGGGUCAGCUAUGUGUCUCUGUGGCCAGGAAUUGUGCAGACAGAACUGCUGAAGGAGCAUAUGACAAAAGAGGAGGUCCUGAAGGAUCCUGUGUUUAAGCAGUUCAAAUCAGUCUUCUCAUCUGCAGAAACCACAGAAUUGAGUGGCAAAUGUGUGGUGGCUUUGGCAACAGAUCCCAAUAUCCUGAGCCUGAGUGGUAAGGUGCUACCAUCCUGUGACCUUGCUCGACGCUAUGGCCUUCGGGAUGUGGACGGCCGUCCUGUCCAAGACUAUUUGUCUUUGAGCUCUGUUCUCUCACACGUGUCCGGCGUGGGCUGGCUGGCCUCCUACUUGCCCUCCUUCCUCCGUGUGCCCAAGUGGAUUAUUGCCCUCUACACUAGCAAGUUCUAACCCUCCUGGUCUGACACCACAUCUCCGCUUGUCUUCUCAUUUGGGCUUGGUGGUUGGUCCUAUCUCAAUGAAACAGCAGCCUUUCUUGCCUACCCAUACCCUUGAUAUGAAGAGAAGGACUCUGCUGUGUGUCCGUGGUGAGUUCUGGGGUCUGCCUAGGUCCUUUCUUUGUGCCUUGGUUUUCCUUGUCCUUCUUUUUACUUUUUGCCUUAGUAUUGAAAAAUGCUCUGGGAGCUAAUAAAAGUCUCAUUUCUCUUUCAA